UAGGGUUUAUCGGGCGUGGUGGAUCGGAGCGAUCGCAGGUCAAAGCGCUAAACCAUCGGACAGCAUCGUGCCGCAAUUCGGUUGGAUGGCUCUCUCUGACGGCGAGAGAGCAAUUUUUCUUGAGAUGCUUCGUGCUGACUUUGCGACAAAUUUCGACCGAAGAACAGUGAGUGGCUUCCCAUCUUGCUCAGUACAGACUUUAGCUCCUUAGAUCCAGGCGAGAGAAGAGCAGUGACAGGGAGUCGCCCUCUUCCUUCGACCAAGAGCGCUAUUCACUGUCUUUAAGGAGCUCUUGGGGACAUGGAGUCUUCUUCUUACUGUGAAGAUUCUCUCUUGGGUCUGGGAGUGGAAGCGUUUGAUACUUCUCCUCUUUCUCCUCCGCGAAGGGUCACAGCUUCCACAUCCAAUCCUCCAAUGAGUCCUUCGGUGAGCCCCCGGCGUUCCAGCGCUGGCUGCCCGACUCUCUUCGAGAAGAUUGGCUACCUCCAGGCGGUGGCGAUGCAGCUGGCAUCGCGGCCCGACAAUUCAAGCCAGCAGCAGCUGCGAGAGAUCGAGAAGCUGCUCGAUCGGUUCAUGGAGGGCAUCCUGGAGCUCAAACAUGGCGAGGAGGAAAGCAAGGACGUGAAAGCUCCAACUGGAGCGAUCAAGAAGGACGAGGGCUUUCACUGUUCAUCACUGUUUGGAACUGGGAGCAGCAGCAGCAGCGACAGCAGCACGCCAUCUCUCACGGAAAAAUUCGGCCUUGACAUCGUCUUCGAUGAUCUCGAGAAGGAUCGCGAUCGAGAGCAGCAGCAGCUCAGCGCUCCAAAGCUGGAAGAAGGCCAAGACACGGACGAGUUCAUGGCAUAUCUCACAGACCUCAACGAGGACGAGGAAGAAACUCUCGCUCCAGCGGUCUGGAACGUCGCUCCCAGCGGCGGCGAUCCUCGCAAGGAAGAGCUCGAGGAGGAGACCGAAACGCUACUGCCCGGCUCCUACGAUCUCAUCGAGCUGGACGCGAUGGAGAUCCUCGCCGAGCACACGCACUUCUGCGAGAUCUGCGGCAAAGGAUUCAAGCGCGACGCCAACUUGCGCAUGCAUAUGAGAGGCCACGGCGACGAGUACAAGACCGCGGCGGCGCUGUCCAAGCCGAAGCAUUUGAUCCAAGAACAGCUCGUCCAGGCCAGCCGGAGCAAGCGCUACUCAUGCCCGUUCGAGGGCUGCAAGCGCCACAAGCUCCAUCCAAAGUUCUCGCCGCUCAAGACUGUUCUUUGCGUGAAGAACCACUACCGGCGAUCGCACUGCCCGAAGAUGCUCACUUGCAGCAAGUGCCGGAGCAAGAAGUUCUCGGUGGUGGCGGAUCUGCGGACGCACGAGAAGCACUGCGGCCGCGAGAAGUGGAUGUGUUCUUGCGGGACGAGCUUCUCGCGCAAGGACAAGCUGCUCGGCCACCUCUCGCUGUUCGUGGGUCACAAACCAUCGUCGAGGAAUUCCAUCCUCGCGGGAGCUCCUCCACACCAGUUCUCCGAGGAGGAGCUGGGAUUCACGAGCGAGAAGUGGAGUACAGUGGUCUUUCCAGGAGAUGUCUUAUAGAGAGGAGUGUCCUUCGAAGAACAAGGAUUUCCAGGGUGGUCUUUGGAAGUAUCAAGCUUCAAGGAUUUGCUCGCGAGAAGAUUGGAACUCUGUGAUUUUCAUGCGAGAGAAUUGGAGCUCUGUGACUUUCCCUCCAAAAUGAUACUAGAUCGAAACUAGAAAUAAACGUA